AUGGAGCUGCUGUUUUGGGGCCACAUGGUUCAGUGGAACGUGGAAAACCUGCUGGAGGCUUCAGCCCGCUUUGUUUGGUGUGACUGUUCCUCUCCUCUCCACGUCACCAUGUUCCUGCGAGUCGUUCGGGCGCUUUGCUGCUGGUUGGUGUUGCUGGCGUGUGUGUCGGCAAGCGAAGACUUUGACUGGACCAAGAACGAUCAAGGCUCCUUCUAUUACGGCACUUUCCCCACCGGCUUCUCCUGGGGAGCGGGAAGCUCUGCCUAUCAGACGGAAGGAGCCUGGAACGUCGACGGCAAAGGAAUGAGCAUCUGGGACACGUUUACCCGCAAGAAGGGCAAAAUCUUGCUGAACGAUACGGGAGACUCGUCCUGUGAAGGCUACUACAAGUUCAAGGAUGACGUCACCAUGAUGAAAGACAUGAAGCUGAAUCACUACCGUUUCUCCAUCUCCUGGCCCAGAAUCCUACCCAGCGGCCUCAAGGCCGACCACAUCAACGAGAAAGGCAUCAAGUAUUAUGAUGAGCUGAUCAACAUGCUGCUGGACAGUAAGAUCACACCCGUCGUGACGCUGUACCACUGGGACUUACCACAGAUGUUGGAGGAGAAGUUCGGCGGGUGGCAGAACGUCAGCAUGGUGUACUACUUUAACGACUUCGCCAACCUGUGUUUCGAAAGGUUUGGGAACAGGGUGAAGUACUGGAUCACCUUCAACAACCCAUGGUCAGUGGCGGUGGAGGGCUAUGAGACAGGGGAACACGCACCUGGACUGAAGCUGAGAGGAACCGGGGCUUACAGAGCCGCUCACCACAUCAUCAAGGCCCAUGCUAAAGUGUGGCACACUUAUGACACUCAGUGGCGGAGCAAACAGAAAGGCCUGAUUGGUAUCUCCCUCUCUGCUGACUGGGGAGAACCGGUGGACAUCACGGACCAACGAGACAUCGAGGCAGCAGAGCGAUAUGUCCAGUUCUACUUGGGCUGGUUUGCUACGCCGGUCUUCAACGGAGACUACCCCCAGGUCAUGAAGGAAUACGUUGGGAGGAAGAGUGCUCAGCAGGGCCUGGGAGCGUCACGGCUGCCCGUCUUCUCGUCUCAGGAGAAGAGUUACAUCAAGGGCACCUGUGACUUUCUGGGCGUCGGCCAUUUUACCACCCGGUACAUCACACAGAAGAACUACCCAUCCGGUCCGGUCAGCAGCUACUUCACCGACCGGGACCUGGUGGAGCUGGUCGACCCUCGCUGGCCGGACCCCGGCUCCGAGUGGCUUUACUCUGUUCCCUGGGGAUUCAGGCGUUUACUCAACUUUGUCAAGACUCAGUAUGGAAACCCCAUGAUCUACGUGACAGAGAACGGUGUCUCAGAGAAGAUGACCUGCACUGACCUCUGUGAUGAGUGGAGGAUGCAGUUCUUUAAGGACUACAUCAACCAGAUGCUGAAGGCCCUGAAGGAUGGCGUGAAGGUCAAAGGCUACACGGCCUGGUCUCUCCUGGAUAAGUUUGAAUGGGAUGAAGGCUACUCGGAGAGAUUCGGCCUCUACUACGUGGACUUCAGAAACAAAAAUAAACCGCGUUAUCCAAAAGCCUCGGUCCACUACUACAAACGCAUCAUCAGCUCCAACGGCUUCCCCAACCAGAGAGAGGUGGACAGCUGGAGGAGGAAAGCUCUGGAGUCCUGCUCUUCAAGCAACCAGCUGCUCGCUGCGGAUCCGCUGAUAAGGCACAUGGAGAUGGUGACGGAGAUUGUGGUCCCCACCGUGUGUACACUCUGCAUCCUCCUCAGCGCCAUCUUCCUCAUGUUUCUCCUGCGUGGACGCUUCUGA